AUGGCCUUUAAGACAGAAGAUCAUGAGACUCAAUACUGCUUUCCUGCCAUCAACUCAUCAUGCAUCAAGACAAAACGCUCCACACAUGAAUACAACAUCAUGUAUGUGUUUUUUUCAGUGCUGUCAGUAUGGACUGUGUUUCUGAAUCUGCUGGUGAUCAUCUCCAUCUCUCACUUCAAGAAGCUUCACACUCCAACCAACAUGCUCGUUCUCUCUCUGGCUGUGGCCGACCUGCUCGUAGGACUUAUUGUCAUGCCCUUGGAGGCAAUAAGGUUUAUUGAAACAUGUUGGUACUUUGGAGACACUAUCUGUAGACUGUUUAUAUUAAUCAUGGGAUUGCUCCUAUCUACAUCUCUGAGUAAUUUAGUUUUGAUAGCUGUGGACCGUUAUGUGGCUGUGUGUCACCCUCUGCUGUACCCACAGAAAAUGACAAUGACUAGAACAAUAAUUAUGAUCUACGUUUCCUGGUUCUGGUCUUCAGCUUAUAACAUUUCAGUUUUUAUAACUACCUCACAAAGAAAAUACAUGUGUUAUGGAGAAUGUACAUUUAUGUAUACUUUUGCCUGGACAAUCACUGACCUGUUCCUGUUUUUCCUGUUUCCUUGUACCUUCAUUAUAACAUUAUAUUUGAGAAUCUUUUAUGUAGCAUAUCAACAAGUGAAAGUUAUAAACUCUCUGAUGAGGAGUGGAAAACAUCUAACAAAUGGUUCUGUGAGUAGGAAAUCUGAGAGCAAAGCCGCUCUGACAUUAGGAAUCAUUGUGACUGUUUAUCUGUUAUGCUUGAUUCCCUAUUAUAGUUUAUCUCUAGCACCAAACACAAGCAUGACUUCUGCUAUAGCCUAUUUUAUGUUAUGGAUGAUGUAUAUUAAUUCAGCUCUGAAUCCUCUCAUCUAUGCAAUAUUUUACCCCUGGUUUAGAACAGUGGGUGUGCUGUCAGUAUGGACUGUUUCUCUUAAUCUGCUAGUGAUCGUCUCCAUCUCUCACUUCAAGAAGCUUCACACUCCAACCAACAUGCUCAUUCUCUCUCUGGCUGUGGCCGACCUGCUCGUAGGACUUAUUGUAAUGCCCUUGGAGGCGGUUACGAGAUCUUAUUUGCUGCUGCCGAUCGUCUUAGACGCUAACUCAGGACUGCAGCCAGGCAGACGAUCGGUUCGUCCAAACACACACAAUACAACAGAGCAGAGGAAAGCACUUUUCCGUGGUGCUCCUUUAAUUUACAGCCACAACUCCUUCCUCUUCGCCUCUUUCGGCUACCGCACUCUUUCCACUCGCUCUAAGCGAUCCCUGGAUCAACGGCGCCUUCAGGCUCUUCAAAGGAAGUGUGAGUUGUGGUCCGCCAUUGGAGGAAAGGAGCUCGCCCCGAAAUCAACCGCCCUAGGCGAAACUGCAUCUGCCCAAAGUCAACCGCGCCCUUCCUGUGUUUCUAUGGGUCUAUUUAUAUGUCACGUCUUCCAUACAUCUUCCAAUCCAAGUUGCCACACUUAA